GCCCCUGCCCCGCAACAUGCCCCGCGACGCAUGCGCACAACGCUCACCACGGAUGCACCGUGACGCAUGCGCACAACAUUCAUCAUGAUGCAAAUGCCACUGCGCAACCGAAUUCAAAGCAGUCGUACAAAGAAAUGGCGGGCUACAAAAAAAAAAAAGAGAAAGAAAGAAAGGAAGGGGGCGAGUUGACACAAUCGUUUUAUAAAUUAAAACUGCAUCGAAACUACACAGCCGAAAAAAAAAAGGAGCCACGGUUUGCUCCGUUUAAAACCUCGACCGUGAUCUUCGAGAAAGUUCCCACUGACCGCAAACACAGCAACGGAAAAGAUGACGUCAAGUGGCCAUUCCUGUUCUCCCUCUACUUUCCUCUGAGCCUAAAAUCCACACGCCUAAAAAUACACCUUAGCUCAUAAAAAAAAAAGCAGAAAGCACGAAUGAUACCAUUAACAUUAAAAGGCGAAGGUUUACUCACGAGAGUAGGUUAAAAUGUACGUUAAACCGUUUUGACAACGUACCCAUCUUUACAGCAGACGGAGACCUUAUAAGCUCGGUGGGGCUCAGCCGGUCACGUGACUCCCCCCUCGGCCAAUCAGAGCGACGCUUGCAUGUUUUGCUGGUUUUUCUCGGGGAGGACGAGGAGCGACGAACGGCUGGGAUGUUUUCAAAACCCAGCGAUGAACGUCACACAGCCGUAGGCUACGGUUACCGUCCAAUAUCUAGGAAAAGAACUGCUAACAUUGCGCAAUAUUCACACGUAGAGGGACCUUGAAUGAGUCGGUGGGAACCCGCGGCCCGGUUUAAAGGUGCAUGAUGAACCUACUGUGCGGUAGCUUUCUAAGCUAGUCAGGUGCCGCACCAUGGCCAAACCUGGGAGCGACAGAGAUGGAGCCAUGGUGGAUAAGCAGGCGGGGAAGAAGAGCAAAGACAAGUUGUCCCCUUUCACCAAAACUCCGAAGCUGGACCGGAGUGAGUUGCUGGGGAAGGAAGGGAAAGCGAAGUCUUCCAUGAAGCGCAAGCUGUCCUUCACUACCAGUCCGCCCCGGACAGAGGAGCGAGACUCAGACACAGAUGACUCAGACCCAGGCCAGUCGAGUGAGACCUGGGGAGAGAGAUUAGUGCCUCCCUGCAGGAUAUAUGCAGAUAAAGAUGGACCAGACAAGAAGAAGGUGAAGAGGGAGGCUGGGGGCAAGAAGUCCCAGGCGCCCAACCUUUUGUUUGGGUAUCCGCUGUCGGAGCGCAAACAGAUGGCUCUCCUAAUGCAGAUGACUGCCAACAGUCCAGACUCUACACCCAGUCACCCCUCACAAACGACCCCCGUGCAGAAGAAAGUCCCCAGCAGCGCAGCGUCACGGCAGAAGGACAAGGUCAACAAGAGGAACGAGCGAGGGGAGACUCCCCUUCACAUGGCCGCCAUCCGGGGAGACGCCAAGCAAGUUAAAGAGCUCAUUAGUCUGGGAGCUGACGUCAAUGUCAAAGACUUUGCAGGUUGGACCCCUCUUCAUGAAGCCUGUAAUCUUGGUUACUACGACGUGGCCAAGGUCUUGAUAGCAGCAGGCGCAGAGGUGAACACGCAAGGUCUGGACGACGACACGCCACUACACGACGCUUCAAGCAGCGGGCACAAAGAUAUUGUGAAACUUCUGCUUCGACACGGCGGUAACGCUUUCCAAGCCAACAAGCGCGGGGAGCGCCCGGUCGACGUGGCCGACUCUCAGGAGCUGGAGCAGCUGUUAAAGGGAGAGGUGGCUCUGUCGGACCCAGACGACAGCUCUUCAGAAUCUGAAGACCCACCGUCCGUCAAUCCAUCCAGCGUGGAUGACAACAUGGAGGACUCUGACACUGAAAAGGACUCGGACGGCAAACCGGCCACGAAAGCAUCGUCGUCCGUGCCAGGGCUGGACGAGUACGAGUUCAAGGACGAGGAAGAGGAGGAGGAUCUGAGCAAAGCCCUGAACGACAGACACAUCCUCAGGAGGGAACUGCGGCAGCGAGAGAAGGAGGACAAGGACAGGAAUCAUGUGGCAGGAAAGCAGAGCAGCAAAGGGGAUUCCUCCUCCAAGUCCAAAAAGCAGAAAACGCCUCGCGUCCACUGCAGCUCGGACACGUCCAGCGACGAAAUGGAGAGCCUCUCGGAGAAAAGGAACUCGCCCACCUGCUCUCAGAGCUCAGAGAGCCUCAAGCCGGACACGAGGUCGAGGAAGGACAGCGCCGAGCAGAAGGGAAAGGUUAAGAGGAAGAGCAAGAGCCAGAAUAAAAACAAGGAAAACCAAGAGGACGGGAAAGAGAACAGCAAAACCCUGGUCCUCUCUCUUGCGACGGUGUCCGAGAGCACGGACAAGGGUCGAGAGGAGGACUCCUUCAAGAUGUCUUUCAGUCCUAAAGACGACUCCUCCGUCCACCUCUUCCAUUUGUCGGCUAUCAAAUCUCCUAAACUGAACCACAGCCUGACGGACAAGCAAACGCCACUCAAACAGGAAAAUACUAAGACGUGCGUCUCCAUCAGCGACGGCUCGUGUCCGGUGGACAAAUACAACCACUACACAGACGCAGACUACUGCACUGAAGGCUCCAGCACCAAGGGGUGCAAGCACAAGGAGAAGAGCAAGCACCAACAGAAAGACGGAGACGUGGACGACGGCCAUUCGAGCCCCUACAAAGACGGCAGCAUAGGAAACAGUAUCACGGACAGCAGCGACGGUGCCUUACGGAAGACGGAUUUAGACGGCAAAGUGGUGAAGAAGCAUAAGCUCAAACACAAGGAGAAAGACAAACACCGGAGGGAGUACGAGGCAGAGCGGAGCCGGCACAGGCAGAAGGAGGCCAGGAAAGACGGCCACAGGAAUUUGGAGUUUGACAGAGAGUUCUGGAAAGAGAAUUUUUUCAAAAGUGAUGAGACGGAUGAGCCGCUGCCAGUGAGAAAGGAAGGUGAGGAAAACAGCUCUCUCCAGAAGGCCACCGAAUCCUCCCCUGUCAAAGAUGAGAGAAACACAAAGGAGAAACACUCGAGCAGCAAGGAGAAGAGGCAGCGAGAGGAGCGAGAGAAAGACAAGGCUGUGAAGAAAGAGCGGAAAGAGGAGAAGGUGAAGGAUUCAAAGCCGAGUGAGCGUGACGAGAGAGUGGACUGCCACGGCUCAGGGCGGAUUCCUGAGGAGUCGCUGCAGAGCAACAGCGUGAAAGAAGAGACAGAAGAGAAGCCCCUAAGUGGGAUCACAGCUGAUCAAGAACAGCUGGAGCCGUCUGAAAAAGGUUCACGCGAGAAAACUGACAAGAGGCUCCCUGGAAAGGAGAAGGAUUCUGAAAAAAUGGAGAGGAAGCAUCUUGACAAGGAGAAAAAGAUUAAAACCGAGCACUCUGACAAAGCUGAGCCGCAGAACUCGGUGGAUCGUUGGAAGGAAAAAGAGAGAACGGCGGCCAUUUCUUCUCUCUCGCCCGGAGAUAAGAGCUACAAAGAGAAUGAAAAACUCAAAUCUUUAACCACGACAAAAAAGCACGAAGACGGCAGGAAAAAUAAAGAUAAGUUUGACAAGCGGUCUGAUAGGGAGAGGCCGGACAGGGAGUACAGUGUCGGGGAUCACCGAGAAAAGGAUCGCACAAACUCUGAUAGGAAAGGAAAACCUCUGGAGAAGAGCACGGAUCACAGUAAAUCCGAUCGCUCCAAAGACAAGGACUUAGAGAGGAAAAAGAGAGACAAGAUAAAAGAUGGAGCCCUUUCCUCCAGCUCCAAUCUGAAAUUACUUCUGGAAGAGAAGAAGGGUUAUCUGUCUGAGAACAGCAAGUCCUUAUCUACGAAAUCAAAGGAGGAAGUGGUGAGGACGCCGGAGAAGGACCGUGACAGACGAGAGCGUGACAGAGACCCGGACAGACACAAAGAUAAGGACCGGCACAAAGAGCGCUCCCAGCAGACCAAGCUCGGCAAGGCCAAAGAGACGGACUCGGACAAGGCCAAAUCAAAAGCCCCUCCGGCGGCACGAGACGCCAAACCAAAAGAAAAGAGGCUGGUGAACGACGACCUGAUGCAGACCAGCUUUGAGCGCAUGCUUAGCCUCAAGGACCAAGAGAUCGAGCAGUGGCAUCGGAAACACCUGGAAAAAAUCAAACAGAAAGAGCGGGAGAGGCUGAAACAGCGGCCGCUGGCAGAUCCAGGGAAGUCCAAGCCCAAAGACAGGACGAAAUCUGAACCGUGCUUGAGUAAGGAGCUAAUUCGCUCUAAAAGUUCUGAAGGAUCCGAUGUCCACAGAUCGGAUAAACCGCUGAAGGACGGCACUAGUCCCAGAACGAUGUCUCUGGAUGGGAAGAGUCUGCCGUCCAUCAGCGCGAAAGUCAUGUCGGCCGUGGAAAACUGUCUGACCCGGUCGCCCCGACCAGAGAGCGAACGCUGCGGCCUCAUGUCCAGGUCCGUGUCUCUCGUCUCCGUCGCCAGCUCCGAGGAUUCGUGUCAGGCCACGACGUUAACACCCAGAAACGUCGAAUACGACUCCGACAUGAACCUGGAAGCCUCCGACUCCCAGCCAGCAUUUCUCCAGUCUUCCCUCGUCAUUCAAGCCACCAGGUCGCCGUCUGUUCACGAUAAAGAUUGCAACAGUCUUCCAGAUGUUCCGCAGAGUAACCGGACGCCGCUGUCUGGCAGACACGAAUCUCCUUACCUCAAGGCAAUUCUGGAUGAGGAUGCCAACUCGUCGACCGAGGGUAAAGCGGUUGAAAAUCUGCCAAAAUCCGGCCUGACUACGACCACAGGAGAAGAGGCGAGAACAAAGGAGACCGUGGAAAGCGAGGAGAGCCUCGGUGGUCAGCAAUAUUCAAAUGUGGUCGCGGAUUCGGUCCCGGAGAAGGACGUGGGCGCGGCUGGAUGCUCGACGACGCAACUGUUAAACAAAGAUCUUCCAAGUAUAAACGUGACACUUCCGCCGUCCGGUCUCUCACAGGGCAGCAGCUCUCAAACCGAUCAGAAACCUCCUCCUAUCUCUGAUCCUCCUGUUGUUGUUAAAGACGCCCAGAGUCUCGAUGAGAACUCGCAGGCAGAACCUGGUGACCAAGAGUCCGAUCAGCCGUUGGUAUCUGCGGUUUCUUCUACCGCCGAGCAGCAGAGAGAACCGCUCCCGCCCUCCGGCGCCGAGAACCAGCAGCAGACGGACCCCGGUACCACGCAGGACUCUGACCAGAGAGACAAACACGCGGAGAGCGACGAUCAACCGGAACAGGACAACGUGGAAACGGUUUCAGAAAACCUGAGGACGGAGGCGGCGGGAACGCCUGAACCGUCCACCAGCUCGCACGUUCCCGGCUCCACCGCAGCCGACUCCUCGCCGGGCGUCGGCAAAACCAACGAGUCCAAAUGCCUCCAGGAGGAUAUGGACGUGGAUAACAAAGACUCCGGGCCCGACGGCGACACCGCGUGCGUCGACGCUCUGACGGAGAAGGACGCCGCGCCCUCUGCGAGCCCCGAACACAAAGCUGAGGAGGCGGCCGACGUGCCGCAGCAAAGCUCGGAGAGCGGCGGCGGCGGCGCUGCAGCCGUCUCUCCCACAAGCUCGACGGACGAAGCCAACUCGAGCACGGAAUCUGAAUCCAAAGCGGAGGCCCACUCGGAGCCGAUGGAGGUGACGCCCACCGACGAGAAACCGGAGCACGUGACGGCCGCAGACGAGCAGAGUCAAAGCGGCGUCCAGCCGGUGUCGUCCCAGAGCGACUGUAGCAGCAGCAGCAGCAGCGGUGGCGGCGGCGGCAGCAGCAGCGGCAGCGGCAGCAGCAGCAGCAACGCCUCGGGAAGCUCCUCCCCGCAGUCCGGAGACCGGGAGUCCGACUCCUCCGGCGCCAGGCUCAAGGUUCGCUCUGGGGACGAGGAGGCGGACAUGCACGUGCCCCACCCGCGCAAGAGGAAGAUGCCGAAGGUGUCGUCGACCCCCCCCCAGCCGUGCGCCGCCGCCGCCCAGCAGGACCGGGAGAGGGGCCAGCAGUCUCUGGCGGCCAUCGUGGACUCGGUGAAGCUGGAGGAGAUCGAGCCCUACCAGACGGAGAGAGCCAACCCGUACUACGAGUUCCUGCACAUCCGGAAGAAGAUCGAGGAGAAGCGCAAAGUGCUGUGCAGCGUCACCCCUCAGCCACCGCAGUAUUACGACGAAUACGUUACCUUCAAUGGAUCCUACCUCCUGGACGGGAACCCACUCAGCAAACUCUGUAUACCAACGAUAACUCCGCCUCCGUCUUUACCCGAGCAGCUAAAAGAGAUGUUCAAACAACAGGAGGUCGUUCGGAUGAAACUACGACUCCAGCACAGCAUUGAAAGGGAAAAGCUGAUUGUUUCGAAUGAGCAGGAAGUCUUACGAGUCCAUUACCGGGCGGCGAGAACACUAGCCAAUCAGACUCUGCCCUUCAGUGCCUGCACGGUUUUACUGGACGCUGAAGUGUACAACAUGCCGCAAGACGUCCAGAAUGACGACGGCAAAACAUCGGUGAGAGACAGAUUCAACGCCAGGCAGUUCAUGUCCUGGUUACAAGAUGUCGACGACAAGUUUGAUAAACUGAAGACGUGUCUCCUGAUGAGGCAGCAGCACGAGGCGGCCGCCCUCAACGCCGUGCAGCGUCUGGAGUGGCAGCUCAAGCUGCAGGAGCUGGACCCGGCCACCUACAAGUCCACCAGCAUCUUCGAGAUCCCCGAGUUCUACAUCCCGCUCGUGGAGGUGAACGACGACUUCGACCUCACCCCGAUAUGAGCUGUAGGACACACGUGCUUUUGCCACAGCAGCGACAAGAGAAUAAACAAAUAAAUAAAUAAAUAAGUCACUGACACGAGCGGCAGCCCUGCACCUUCAAGAAAUGAGGGGGGGCCGGGGGGAGGGAGGGGGCAAAAAAAAAAAAUGUGAAGCACUUAGAACGUGGCGGUGAUACAGAAGAGCACUUAGAUAAAGGUUCAACUCCAGAGCUCUUACGGUCCGACGUACGGCCGCUCUCUGCGGGGACGGUGGGCUGACCGGGAGGGGAACAACAACAACAACAACAACAACAAAUAAAUAAAUAAAAAAUAGAGGGGGGGGGGUCCAGGAGGUCUCACAGACCUGGAGACCAAACGCUGGGACGGGUUCUGCACCGAGAAGCAAGCGAGAGGACGACGCUCCUCCUCCUCCUCCUCCUCCUCCUCCUCCUCCUCCUCCAUCAUCAAGCAGGGUCACACAACUGAACGAUAUCAAUUGUUUUCAAAGUGAGUGUUCAUACAUUGUGUACAGACUGUGCUCUUAAUUUUUUUAACUUAUUUUAUACAUAAACAAAAAUUGUGCAUUUGUAAAUAGCCAUGUAAUUAUUGUUUUAAACCUUGUAAAAACAAAAAAUAAUAGAUAUUUUGAUUGUAAACUCGUUCCGUCUGAUGUUUUAAUGGACCAAAGUUGUUUUUUUUUUUUUCUUUUCUUUUUUUUUUUUUUUUUUUUUUUUUUAUAUAUCGACUGUCCUCCGCGUCCGUGAUGUUCUUGUUGUCGUUGGCAUGUGUUGGCUUCUGUUGUGUUCUUUCGUUUUUACCGUUUCUUCCCUUCUCAUCUGGAGCUCCGCGCCACAGCUGGUGUUUUUUGGACUUUUUGGCAAUUAAAUGCUGUGCAUGCGUUGCGUUGUUUGUACUUCUUUCCUAAAAAGCUGUACUGUGGACUUUAUUGUGAGGUUUACCGAAGUGUUCCAGCUUUUAUUUUAUUUUUUUCUUUCAUUUUUUUUUGUUUUUGUUGCUGUUUUUGUUUUGUUUUUUCUUGCGCCAUUGUGUUACGUCCUCUUCGCCGCCUCACUCCUCAUGUGUUGUCCAUCGUGUCUUGCGCACAUUAAAGUCUGUUGUGGCUUCCAAGGAAAAAAAAAAACAAACAUACUUUUACAGUUUCAAUGUGAGAUCACAACAAAUCCUAUUUUUUCAACAUAAUGCCUUUUGAACGAUAGUUCUAAAAAAGCGUCUAUUUUAAUAUUUACUUGUUACAUGACUUGUACAUAUUUGUAAUAUAUAAUUGAAUAAAUUUUAUUUGUUGUGAAAUUACA